AUGGCUGUAUCAGAUAUCUCAAGUAGCCAAGAGACGGUCGAAGACCCUACGUUACCAGGCUCCCCAGCUGAAGGGGCUACGAUAAUUCUUACACCGGAAAACGCUGAGGCACGACUGGCGUUUAGUGAAGUUGCUGAGUGGCUGCAAGAACAAAGCGGGGAUUCUGAUGCCCAAGCUGCACGACAACACACACAAAAGUGCAUGUGGAUUUCCUCAAGGCAACAAAAUGAUCGUGAAGUCGACCGGUUAGUUGCGGCGGCAUCGGAAAACCUUUCAUCAUCAUCCCCAAUCUCAUCACCACGAGAUCCAGAACCAUCUUCCCGCUCAGAUAAGCCAGAAGAUAAGAGUCCAGAGCAGUUGAUCUGGAAAGGCCACUACUUCAUAUCGCUCGAUCAACCCCCUCGAAAUCCCUCAAGAGGAUGGAUAGUUGGUUCCAUGAGAAAUGGCCCUCAUUUUAACGAUAUCGUCCUUUGUUUGCGUUCUGGUAGCGAAAAGAUGUACAAAGUCCGGCGCAAUCAGGCUAUUCUCCAAAUUGAUGAAAUAAGCUUUAUAUAUGUGCAGCCAAUGACUGAUAGAUCUAACACCUUGGUUAACGGGGAUAAGAUCACCAGGAAGAGAGUUUUUAACCAGUCAUCUGCUCGCCUGGCCUUCGGCUCUCUCUGCUACCGCAUCCAGUAUGCUCGAGGAUCUUACGCCGACGACUACCCCAGCAGAGUCAAACGUUACUUGGAUGAGCACCUCCAAAUUUCUAAAACUCUGCUAGAGCUAUCGCUAACACCAACACCAUCUGAAAGCAGUCCCAUUGUCAUCGGACAGUGGACUGUCAGCGCAGGUACUGUAGGCAAAGGCGCAUCCGGAAUGGUCAGCAUCGCGUCGAACGACCAUGGCCAACGUGUGGCUUUGAAGAGAGUGCAAGUUGGAAGAGACAGAGAGCGCAUACAGAAGAUUCAGGCAAAGCUGGAGACACUGGCUGCAUUGUGCCAGAGAAAGAAUGAAAACCGCUUGCUGCGACUCAUCGAAGUUAUUACGGAUGAUGUGAGAUCAACGAAUAGAAUAGCGGACGUCUGGUUCGUUCAAGACCCUGCUGCCCAGGAAGUACUUUCUACUGCCCUCACCCGUGGGAUGUUCAAACAAGGUCAAGAGAGGAUAUCCAUCGUCACAACCGUUCUGGCAGACAUCCUCGGCGCCACAAACUUCCUCCACAGGCAUCGCUGGAUACACGGAGAUCUCAAACCCGUCAAUAUUGGCAUCCGAACUUGGAACCCCGAGUGCAUAUCUCUAGUGCUGCUUGAUCUCGACGAUGCAGAGGAAAGCCCUUCUCCAGGUAGAUAUCACUCCGCUCGGCCUGGAACCGGCGGAACGAUCGGAUGGCUAGCUCCGGAGCGAGAGAUGACGGGGUACAACGAGCUAGCUGAUAUCUGGAGUAUCGGCGUCAUGGCCAUUGAGAUGAUUUCGGGGCGGCAUCCGUGGCGACAGGUCAAGAAUCCUUGGAGACCGGGCCCUGAAGCUAGUGAGUUGCAGAAAGACUUUCACGACAUGUAUAGAGAAGCUGUAGAUACUUUAGAUAAGCUUCAUGACGAGGGUAUGACUUUACUUCUAUUCUGUGACAGUGGUGCUGAUUUUGUUGCUAGCUUUGAGAGGGGCGGUUCUUGGCAUGGUGCGGCAUCCGUAUGCUGA